CGACAGGUGACAAAAAACUUCCGCUUAAAGCGUCAAAAUUACAUUUUCAAACAACGUUUCGCUUAAUGCAACCGAAACAUCCGCCCUUUAACAUUUCUGACGAUUUGUUUCCAGCGAAAACACAUUUUUCAAAAAAAAGAUACGGAUUAGUUGGCAGUCCUUAGUUGGUUGGCAGUACUGUUGCAACAAACAAACAUCAACCGGCGGUUCCUCUGUUUGUUGCAAAAUUUCGCUAAAAAAACACAGAAAAUGACCGAAAAACAACUCUCGACAGACGAGGCCGAGCUGUACGAUCGUCAGAUCCGUCUAUGGGGGAUAGAAUCUCAGGAAAGGUUACGGGCUGCCGAUGUUUUGUUGAUCGGAGUGCGCGGGCUGGGCUCAGAAAUCGCCAAAAAUAUUAUUCUUGCGGGGAUUAAUUCGUUGACGAUUCUGGAUGACGGGGAAGUCACUCAGGAAGACCUACGCCAGAAUUUUCUGUUACAGGAGAAGAUACCUCUGGGGAAUAAAAUUGCAGAAGAAGUGUUGCCGCGGGCGCAGGCUCUCAACCCUUUGGUGAAACUCACCGGGGACACGGAGCCCGUCGCCGCCAAAACUAGCGACUAUUUUAAAAAGUUCACCAUGGUUGUGGCCACCAGGAUCAAGUUUGACGCUAUCAUCAAAAUUGAUAAUUAUUGUAGAGAGCACAACGUUAAGUUUCUCUAUGGGGAUAUUUUUGGGUUCUUUGGUUUUGCGGUGUCUGAUUUACAGGAACAUGACUAUUUUGAGGAUCGCGUCCAGUUACAAAGUGGCCAAAAACGGGGUCACGACGGCGAAAAGAAGACGAUAAAAGUGGAGGCCAAGAUGACUUUCCCUCCUCUCAACAAAGUUUUAAUUUUACCAAACACCAAACAGGACAUUAACGCUAUUAAAAAGAUGUCCCGGCCAAAUAAUUUAUUUGUAGCUUUAUUAGUGCUUUUAGAGUUUAGACGACAACACGACAGAGACCCCGCCGCUGCCAAAAUGUCUGAAGACGUGGACACUCUCAAGAGUAUUUCGUCCCAAAUCGUCGAACUGUACAAUUUUUCAAAUAUCCAAAUGGACGAUUUGUAUGAAUUGUUCUUUGGUGACAUAUCACCCGUUUGUGCGGUUCUCGGAGGUGUGAUGGCGCAAGAAGUGAUUAAAGCAGUAUCGCACAAAGAACCCCCCAUUAACAACAUUUUCUUGUUUGACCCGGUUUCUUACAGCGGAAAGGAACUAACAGUGGGACCCUAAUUAACUCCAUUUUUCUUUUUUUUAAUAAAAUUAUUAUUAAGGCUA